AUGAGGAAGUAUGGCUAUUGCCAAAGUAACUCUGACCAUACUCUCUUCCUAAAACAUCGACAAAGCAAGGUGACAACAUUAAUAGUCUAUGUGGAUGAUAUGAUAAUUACUGGGGAUGACACCGAUGAGAUCUCGAGGCUACAAGAACAAUUGUCUACUGAAUUUGAAAUGAAGAACUUGAGAGGGCUUAAGUAUUUUCUGGGAAUAGAGGUGGCGAGGUCAAGAAAAGGCAUAUUUCUCUCUCAACGGAAAUAUGUACUAGACUUAUUGACGGAAGUGGGAUUACUAGAGUGUAAACCUAUGGAUACGCCGAUUGUGAAGAACCAUAGGCUUGGAGAAUAUUCGAAUCAAGUGCCUGCUGAUAAGGUAAGGUAUCAAAGACUAGUGGGAAAGCUCAUUUACUUAUCUCACACUCGUCCAGACAUUGCCUACGCCGUAGGUGUGGUAAGCCAAUUUAUGCGUAAUCCGAGUGAAGAUCAUAUGGGUGCCGUAGUUAGAAUUCUCUGCUAUCUAAAGUCAUCACCAGGAAAAAGACUAAUGUUCUCCAAGAACGCUCAUCUAAAUAUUGAAGGAUACACGGAUGCAGACUGGGCUGGAAAUAUCUUGGAUAGAAAGUCUACUUCAGGCUACUUCACAUUUGUGGGAGGAAACUUGGUUACAUAG